AUGAAUAGUGAAAUAAGAAAAAGAGAAAAAGUUACAUUAUUACCAAAAUUUCUACAACUGGACGACAACUUACAAGAAGAUACUGAAGAGAAAGAAUAUGAUAAUGAAUGGGUGGUGGAAAUAGUUGGUGGAUUGGAAGAAGCAAAAGAUAUCGCUCGAGCAGUCGGAUAUAAAUUUAUUGCACCUGUUCGUGGUUUUAAUGAUGUCUAUAUUUUUUCGAAAGAAAAUUAUAGAAAAAAACGAAAAGCAGAUGAUAAAUCAACAUUAGCACUUUGUCAUCAUAAACAGGUACUUUGGGUGGAACAACAGCGAAUUCACAAACGUUUUAAGCGUGAUUAUAUCACUCAAACUUCUCGUAAUGAUACCAAUUAUAAUAAUAAAAUUUUUUUCAAUGAUCCAUUCUGGUCUCAACAAUGGAAUUUGAAAAGCUCAAGGACUAUAAAUGGUGAACCAAUCAGUAUGCAUGUGAUAAAAGCCUGGGAACUCGGUUAUACCGGAAAAGGUGUCGUCGUGACAAUACUGGAUGAUGGUAUGCAACAUAAUCAUACAGAUAUUAUUCGUAACUAUGAUCCUCUUGCCUCAUAUGAUUUAAAUGAUAAUGAUCCUGAUCCAAUGCCAAAAUUUAACAAAAUGAAUAGGCAUGGUACUCGGUGUGCUGGUGAAAUUGUUAUGACACCAAAUAAUUCAUUUUGUGGUGUUGGCAUAGCAUAUAAUGCUAAAAUAGGCGGUAUACGAAUGUUAGAUGGUAAAAUUACAGAUCGAAUUGAAGCAGAAGCUUUAAAUUAUAAUAUUAAUUAUAUUGAUAUUUUUUCUGCUAGUUGGGGACCAAUGGAUGAUGGCAAAACAGUUGAAGGCCCUGGACGAUUAACACAAAAAGCAAUUUUAAAAGGCAUUCAACAAGGUCGAAAUGGUAAAGGUGUCAUCUAUGUUUGGGCAUCAGGUAAUGGCGGUAUGCAAGAUGAUGACUGCAGCUGUGAUGGUUACAUGGACAGUAUUUAUACGUUAUCAGUUUCAAGUGUAACUGAAGGUGGUACCUCACCGUGGUACGCUGAAAGAUGUGCUGCCACCUUGACAUCAACAUUUUCAAAUGACCACUAUGACAAGCAAAUGAUAGCAACAACUGAUAUAGAAAAUAAAUGUACUGGAACAUUUGCUGGAACAUCAGCAUCAGCUCCAAUGGCUGCAGCAAUUAUAGCUCUGGGUUUAGAUGCAAAUCCAUCAUUAACAUGGCGUGAUGUACAACAUAUUACUGUUUGGACAUCAGAUCCUAUGCCAUUGCUAAAUAUUAACAAUGGAUGGAAUAAAAAUGCUCGAGGAUUACUGGUAAAUUCACACUUUGGAUUUGGAUUAAUGGAUGCAAGCGCAUUUGUCACAGUAGCAAAAACAUGGAAAAAUGUACCAGCGCAACAUGCUUGUACCACUAUUUUUCCAACUUUUUCAAAACGUGAAAUAAAUGAUAAAAGUGUAACUGUUAUCAAAUUUCAAACUGAUGGCUGUAUGGGACAAAAAAAUGAAAUAAAUUUUUUGGAACAUAUACAAUUGGUAUUAGAUGCAUAUUAUCCAAUACGUGGACAUCUUUCCAUUUUGAUUAUUUCUCCAAAAGGUACCAAAACUCAACUUCUUUCUGUUCGUCGGCGAGAUAAAUCAUCAGCUGGCUUUCAACAUUGGCCAUUUAUGUCAGUUCAUACUUGGGGUGAGAAUCCACGUGGAAUAUGGCAAUUACAUAUUGAGGACAAGGUUAAUUGGCUUAAUUUAUCACUCACUGUAGCAUUAUUGAUCUUUUAA